AUUAACUAUUGGCAACCUAGCUAACAUAGAGAGAACUACCUAGGUAGAGAGAACUUCAAUACUAAGAAGUUACAAAUAAAGGGUGGCUAAGAUUUUGGAGUGAGUUAGUUGUGUAGAGAGAGGGAAUUCCCCCACAUCUCUAUGAAUAUAAGAGGUAUUCCUGCAUUCGCGGUUCCUCGUGUCGCGAACCUAUCGUCUCUAUCGCGAUCGUACUCGGUCCCAAAAGGAUCUGGGAUAAUACAUCAAUUAGGAGGGAAAUACUCAACUUCGGAUAUAAGAACUGCGAGAAGAACUGUUUCGACUUGGGGAAAGAUACAGCAGCAGCAGCAACAACAACAAAUUAGAAUGGCUUCUUCUAAGAUUACCGAAUGGGUCAAACCGGGCGACACCAGCGGCGAGUUCAAGCGUCAGAGCAGCACGUUCCGCAACUGGAUCUCCACGGAGCCCGGCGCGCAGUUCCCGCCCGAGAAGGGCCGGUAUCACCUCUACGUCAGCUAUGCCUGUCCUUGGGCUACACGGACCCUGAUCGCUAGGAAGCUCAAGGGAUUGGAAGAAUUCGUCUCCUUCUCGAGCGUGCAUUGGCAUAUGGGAGAGAAGGGAUGGCGAUUCCCGACCCCGGAAGACAAGGACGCAGAGGGCGAAAACGUGAUCCCAGACCCGGUCCCGGGCCACGAGAAGUACACGCACCUGCGGGACGUGUACCUCGCGGUGGACCCGGGGUACUCGGGGCGGUUCACGGUGCCCGUGCUGUUCGACAAGAAGGCCGACACGAUCGUCAACAACGAGAGCAGCGAGAUCCUGCGCAUGUUCGGGACCGUCUUCAACGACCAGCUCCCGCCCGAGUUCGCACGCGUCGAUCUGUACCCCGAGGCGCUGCGCCCCCGCAUCGACGAGGCGCACGAGUGGACCUACGACCGCAUUAAUAACGGCGUGUACAAGAGCGGGUUCGCUACCACCCAGGACGCGUACGAGAGGAAUGUGAAGGCCCUGUUCGAGGCCCUGGAUAGGGCGGAGAGGCAUUUGGAGGAGACGGGAGGUCCGUAUUUCUUUGGGGAUAAGUUGACGGAGGUGGAUGUUAGACUCUUCCCUACCCUGAUCCGAUUCGACCCGGUCUACGUGCAGCACUUCAAGUGCAACCUGCGGGACAUCCGGUCGGGGUACCCGCGGCUGCACGAUUACACGCGCAACCUGUACUGGAAUCACGCCGCGUUCAAAGACACCACCAACUUCUUGCACAUCAAGAACCACUACACCCGCAGCCACACCCAGAUCAACCCGCACUCCAUCACCCCGCUGGGCCCGGUCCCGAAUAUACUGCCGCUGGACGAGGAGGUUAACGCUGUGAAGGAUAAGUUGGGGAAGAAAUAGAGGGAUGAUGAAGGAUGAAAAUGAAAAAGAAGCGAAGAGAAGAGAGAAGAGAGAAAUUUAUAACUGGGUGGGACAGGGUGGAAGAGAAUGGAAUAGGGGAUGUGAUAGGAUUGGUUGGUUUGUAUUGUAUGCUACUGGCAUGUGCCUGUGACUCUUUGGUCUGUGCUCAGGUUGAUUGGUAAAUAACUAAAUACAUAAAGUGUUCGAUGAGUUAGACGACAUGCUACAUUACUAUCUCUC